CGGCACCGACUUGGCCAUGGCUACGACGCCCGAGGCAAGCAGCGUGAGCGAAUACACGGUGGUGAUUAUGGCCGGGGGCAAGGCUCGCGAGUUGCACCCGCUGACGGAAGACACGGCACUGUGCAUGCUCCCUGUGGCCAACCGCCCGCUCCUCUCGUACCAGCUGGAGAUGCUCGCGAGGUGCGGGACGAAGCACGCCAUGGUGGUGGCGUCCAAGUCGUCGGCCAAGUCCAUUAUGCAGUGCCUCGAGUCGUACCCUGUCCGCGGCCUGGUGGCCUCUGUCGAGGCGACCGACGACGACGCAGGCUCGGCAGACGCGCUCCGCUCGGUCGCCGACCGCAUUAAGACCGACUUUGUGGUUGUCUCGGGCGACAUCAUCUCAGACGUCAUGCUCCAGCACGUCGCCGACGUCCACCGCAUGAAGGACGCCACCCUCACCAUGCUCCUUGCCGCGCCGCGGUCCAAGAGGCGGCCCGGCAAGGGCGGCAAGGCCGCCGCCGCCGCCAAGGCCGCCGCCGCCGCCGCCGCCAAGGCCGCCGCAGAGGUUCCGCUCGAGGACCGCGACGUUGUCGCCCUCAACGAGGACGACUCCCGCAUCGUCAUGAUGGCGUCGGGGGCAGACUUUGACGCCAAGGGCAAGGCUUCGAUGCGCAAGUCGCUGCUCCGCCGCUACCCGCGCCUCGCCGUCUGCUCCUCGCUCAUGGACACACACGUGUACUUCUUCGCCCACUGGGUCCUCGACCUGCUCGCCGAGAAGACCUCGUUCAAGUCGAUCAAGGCCCACCUCGUGCCGUUCCUCAUCAACAAGCAGUUCCGCCGCAAGACGCUCUCGUCGCUGGCCCAUCUUGCCGCUCCGGACCUCGCCCUCAUGGGCAUCGAGCCGGUGGCGCUCGGCCUCGGCGGCGGCGCCGACGACUCGCUCGCUCUCCCGCAGCAGCACUUUCUCUCUCGCUCGACUGGCGGCGAGAGCGAGACGCCCAAGGCUGGUGGCGACUCGCUCUCGGCCCGCGCUCUCUCAUCAGGCCAGAUCUCGCCUGCAGAGGUCGCCGCAGACCUCGUCCGCUGCCACUACGUCCUCGCCACCGACGUCUACGCCCUCCGCAUCAACUCGAUCGAGUCGUACAAGGCUGCCAACCGCGACGUGCCCGCAAAGAACCAGGUUUGCGACCUGCGCCCGCUCAUUCCGCCCUCCUCGCGGUAUCAGUUUAUCGCAGACUCGGUCGAACUGACCAACAUCAACGCCGUCGGAUCCGAGUCGUGCGUCGGCGACUCGACAACGCUCGGCGACGGCGCCACCGUCAAGAAAUCCAACAUCGGUGCACAUUGUACCAUCGGCGCCAACGUCAAGAUUGUCAACUCGGUCGUCAUGGACCACGUCUCCAUCGCUGACGACGCCGUCAUCGCAAACUCGGUCGUCUGCGAGUCCGCCACCAUCGGCGCCGGCGCGCGCCUUGAGAACUACACCGUCGCUGGCGGCGCCACCAUCGAGCCGGCCGCUGACCACGACGGCAACUCGUUUGUCCCGCCGUCAUAACACGAGAGAAGGAGUUCAAUGGAUUGGUUACUCGUCAGCCUCGACCUCGGGCUCGGCCUCAGCCUCAGCCUCAGCCUCGGGCUCGGCCUCGGGCUCGGC